AUGGCGGUGCAGCGCAGCAAGGACGGCGCCAAGGGCGGUGGCAAGCGCGGGGCCCAGGGCGGCAGCGGCGACUUUAUCGCGGAUGAUGAGGAUUCUGAGGAUCAAGACGGCUCGGGGGACGACAGCGACGGCGGCUCGGACUACGAUCCCAGCGGCAGCGGCGACGACGAUGAUGAGGAGGGGGCGGACAGCGACAGCGACAGCGACUACGGCGGUGGCCGUCGCGCAGCUGGCGCCGGAGGUGGCCACAAGCGCAAGGCAAGCGGCGAAGCGGCGGGCGGCGCUGGCACGGAUGGCAGCGGCCGGCGCCGUGGGAAGCGGCGGCGCGCCAAGGCGCACGUACUCGCGGCGCUGAAGCAGCUGCUGGAAGCUGUGGGGUCGGAGGGCAGGGGGCUGGACGCGCUCAGGGAGGAGUGGCAGCGGGACAUGGCUGAGGCAAAGUGA